AACGGAUGAUUCCCUGAUUCUCCAUAGAGAAGAUUACACCCUUUGUUUAUGGCUAAGGUGACUCAAUGAAAGAAGAAAAUGAAAACCAUAAAGAAAAGUCUUACAGAAGAAGAAUACCUGUAUCUGGACUUUUCUCACCAAACAAAAGGAUGCAUCUUUCCUCUUCAUACAUCUGUAACUUUAUUUCUGUUAUCUUACUGUGACUGUAAAAUCUUUAAAAUUUGCUUAGUUGUCACCAAAGAAGUGAGUACAGAUAGUUCACUACUAAGAGAUGAUCUGAUCCAGGAUGUUGAAAUACAGAUUAUUUCAAGGCAAGAGCUCCCACCAAUAGUCCAGAAUUGCUGUUUGCCUGCAGUAGUAGAACGAUCAGACAAUUUUUGUAGAGCAGGACUUGCCGUUGUAUUGAGACACAUAAUCCAGAAAUCCUAUGAAGCAGACCCCUUAAAGAAGGAACUUUUGGAACUUCUGGGCUUUAAAAAGACUUGCUUGAAAGCCUGUGCUGAAGUUAGCCAGUGGACCAGGCUAUGUGAACUCACCAUCCCUUUGGCUAUUGAGAAUUUUCUCAGAGAAUCUUCUGACCAGCCCCCAACUAUACCUGUAGAAAUACUACAGCUAGAGAAAAAGCUUAGUGAGCCUGUUAGAGUGCAUAAUGAUGAUAAACUCCGCAGGCAGAAACUCAAGCAACAGAAGGCUGAUGGAGUUGGGCCUCCCCUUACUAAGGGAAAGGCAAAGAGCAAGGUCCACACGCAGGAAACAUCUGAAGAGUUGGACUCUUCAUCUGAGAGUCUGGAACUGAAAGUGGCAUUCUCAAAGCUCACAGUGCAGGAAGAACCAGCUACUACCAACAGAGAGCCUUCUCACAUCAGAAAAGCAAAAGCCUCCGACCUUCCACCUCUGGAGCAUGUGUUUGCAGAAGGGCUUUACUUCACUCUGGCAGAUAUCGUGCUCUUGCCCUGUAUCCAUCAUUUCUUGGUAAUUAUCUGCAAGAAAUUUUCUGAGAAGCUGGUAGAAUUUCCAUUGCUAGCCUCUUGGUACCAGAGGAUUCAGGAAGUGCCAAGAGUAAAAACAGCAGCUUCUAAGUGUGGUAUCCAAUUUCUCCAUUUACCAAAGUUGUUGACAGUCUCAACUGAGCAGCGUCCAAACUUAAGUGAAGUCCCAGGUGUAGAAGAGCACAGCGAUCCUUUAUUUAUAGGAGGACCAAGACCAACCAUGGCCAAGUUAAUGGAAAAGGGCAUUGAAGUGAUGUUUUCUCCCCACCCUUGCCCUACUUGGACUGUUGAUUGGAAUGUUCUCCCUGCAGCAGUCAGCCCAAAGGAAGGUAAAAUGUCCAGUGAUCGAGCUUUGAGGAAGCAGCAACAGUUGAACAACCUUGUCUAUGUGGUAACAAAUCAGGCCAAACCUGGUGACAGAAUUGUGGAUUUCUGCAGCGGUGGGGGCCAUGUUGGAAUUGUCCUUGCUCACAUGCUGCCAUCAUGUCAGGUUACAUUAAUAGAAAACAAGGAAUUAUCAUUAAUUCGUGCUAAGAAGAGAAGUGAUGAACUGGGUUUAAGCAACAUUUGGUUCAUUCAAGCAAAUAUGGAAUAUUUUACUGGGAUGUUUAAUAUUGGAGUAGCAUUGCAUGCUUGUGGAGUGGCAACAGACAUGGUGAUUGAGCACUGUAUCAAAACACGGGCUUCCUUCGUCACAUGCCCUUGCUGUUAUGGUUUCAUUCAGAACACCUCAAAGUUUAAUUUUCCAAAAAGUGAGCAAUUCAAGAAAACUUUAUCAUACAAGGAACACAUGAUUCUGUGCAGAUUUGCAGACCAGACAGCUGUCCAGCUCCCACCCCAACGAAGGCUCAUAGGAAAACAGUGCAUGUGCUUGGUGGAUCUCGAUCGAGCAAGAGCUGCAGAAGAAUGUGGCUACUCCGUUCAAGUGAUAUCCAUGGAGCCAGAGAGCUGCUCUCCCAAAAAUAACAUGAUUGUGGGAGUCCCCAUUUAAAAUGAGACAUUCACAUUUGAUAUUUUGCCAUCCGUCUUCACGUUGGAUGCCCGGUGGCAUUCAGGAGGUUCUUGGCAUAACUAGGAAACAGCAUUAGCCAUCUUGAACCUAUUGUGCUCAGGAAGGAAAGCAAUACGAAAAUCUUGGAAGAAAGGCUCCCUGCAAAGCAUCACAAA